UUGACGGAUGGUAGAAAUUCGCGAGAAACGUCUCAAAACAACAAACAGAGCCAUGUGUGUUUCGGAGCAGCUAGCUUUCCAGUGAACUGUGCUGCCCGAGGAAUAGAGCAGUGAUGCAGUAAAGUAAGCUCGGUACGGAAUAGCUUUUAAAUGUUUCUUUUGACAGAAUGUCACAAACCGGCACAACCGUAGAACGCAAAAUAUCGCACUACGAGAUACUACAAGUCCCUCACAACGCCACUUUGGAGGAAAUUCGAAGAUCCUAUCAAGCCUUAGCUUUGCAGUAUCAUCCGGACAAAAGAAAAUGUAAACUACCGGAAGCACAAGAAUCUGGCCACUUCAUCCGUAUCGAUCAGGCUUGGAAAACGUUGCGGGACGAUCGGUUGCGACGAAUUUAUGACGCCGAACUGAUGCAACAGACGGAAGAAUACUUCGUGAACGAAAUACUCACGGAUGCAGACUUUGAACGUGACGAAGAGGGCAACUUUUGCUUCCACACGUGUCGCUGUGGUGGAUAUUAUAUUUUGCCAGAGGAAACCCCCAUUCACGAAUCGGUUUACGUUUCAUGUGAUGAAUGUUCCCUAGUGGUGCAGGUUAAUCUAGCGGAAAAGCACUAAAAUUGUUUCGUAAAGUUGUUUGUGCUGGUGUUUUAGAACCAUUCAUGUUUCGGUCAAAUAUUGCAGAGAAGGAAAACAAGGACGAUAUUUAAACUUAUCGUUUUCUUUUGUUGUUGGUUGUGUGUAUCUUCCGAACUGAUCGUUUCGCGCCUUGUGUUUAUUUAUCUUGACAGCGUAAACCGUCAAAGAAAUGUCAACUUUUCCGUCGCGUCAUUAAAAAA